AAUGGAAAUGAUUCUUCAAUUCUUGUUACUAAUGAAAAGGCUCCAACUUCGAAUGAUAAUAUUUCUAACACCUUUAUAGCUUUUACUCCUGAUGAUUUGGCUGAAAACUUUGGAAAUUCACAGUCAUUUUCUUCAAAAUCUCAACUUCGUAACAUUAAUGUUUCAAUACCUCGUGGAAAGUUGAUUGCCAUUAUUGGUUCUGUGGGUUCUGGUAAAUCUUCAUUAUUGUCUGCUCUUGUUGGUGAAAUGAAAAAAAUCAAAGGAGAAGUCCUACUUGGAGGAAAUAUUGGAUACUGUCCUCAAACUGCGUGGAUUCAAAAUGCUACACUCAGGGAUAAUGUUACUUUUGGAUUACAAUUUGAUGAAGAAAAGUAUCGACAAGUGAUUAAAGAUUGUUGUCUCGAACCAGAUUUAAAAGUAUUACCUGCUGGUGACUUGACGGAAAUUGGAGAAAAAGGAAUUAAUUUAUCCGGAGG